UUUUUGUUUCUUUGUCUGUGGUUGCUCUCCGUGAUUUAGUUCCGCUAUAACAGAGUGAACCUUACGAGAGUGAAUAUCACAAUUUUUAUAUUUUUAAACGUUACCAAUCUAUAUGUCCAUAUUUCUGUAUUUAUUAUUAGAUGUUAUCACCAAACAGAGAAUUCGAAGAACUUUCUAUUAUAGGAAGAGGGGCUUACGGGACUGUUUUUAAAGCAAGAGAUGUUGAACACAAUAGAGUUGUUGCAUUAAAAAGAGUUUGUAUUAGUCAGUCUAAUGAAGAAAAAGGUGUUCCUGUUUCCACAUUGAGAGAAAUUGCCCUUCUUAAGCAGUUAGAUAAUAUUUGUCAUCCUAACAUUGUAAGGGUGUUUGAUGCUUUUCAAACUAAAUCUACAACUCCAAUGGAUAAUCCAACAGAUUUGAUUUUAACAAUAGUAUUUGAACAUGUUGAUCAGGAUCUUUCCUCAUUUCUUCAUAACUAUCCUUCACCUGGAUUGUCAGAGGAUUUAAUAAGGGACUUAAUGUAUCAACUUUUGUCUGGUGUUGAUUACUUGCACAUAAACCGAAUAAUUCAUCGAGACAUCAAGCCUCAAAAUGUUCUUAUAACUAAAAAUAAACAAGUGAAAAUAGCAGACUUUGGUCUCGCUAGAAUUUAUGGAUUUUGUAAGUUAGUUACUUCAGUGGUUGUGACUUUAUGGUAUCGAGCACCAGAGGUUUUGCUUCAAAGUGCAUAUGCUACCCAUGUAGAUCUUUGGAGUGUUGGUGUUAUCAUGGUUGAAAUGUAUAAUAGAAGGCCUCUAUUUCCUGGUAAAAGUGACAUUGAUCAGUUGCAUAAAAUUUUAAGUAUCAUUGGAACGCCAGAAAGAUGUGAUUGGCCAGAAAAUGUUUCACUUCCUUAUGAAACAUUUAUUAAUUAUAAAGGAAUAGAUCUUCAACAUUUAAUUACUAAAAUUUCUGCUGCUGGUUUGGACUUGAUAGCAAAAUUGUUGGUUUUCCAUCCUUCUAAAAGAAUAAAUGCUUCUACAAGUCUUGCGCAUCCUUUCUUUUUGGAAUCAAAAUUUCCUUCAAAAUUAGAAGUCCUAAAUGAAGCUCAUCUAAAAAAUAAGACAAUAAUAUCUUCAAAUAAAUUAAAGAAGUUUUCUAAAUCAGAUAUUUUGUCCACAACUGAGUUACAGAAACAAAAUGUCAACGUUGAAACAGAGCGAACAACCAACAGUAAAUCAUUACUCCGAGUUGACUCUGGUAUAUGUUUAUCGCCCACAUCUGACUAUUCCAGUAGCCAAAGUAACGAAAUAUUUGAGUUGAGUAAUUUAGACAAUUUUGUAAGUGAAAACGAAAGUGAGAAAGAAAAUAGUGAAUAUGGUAGUGCCCAAAGUAGAUCGAGUUGCGAAAUAAACGUUAAAAACAGUUGGAAGGAUGAGAAAGAUAUCAAAGUAAAUAACUCGAAAAAAAAAGCACUGAAAAGAAAAAGUAAAGAAUAGCUUUAUAUUAC